GCGUUGUUUUCGAACACAGAAGCGCCUAGUCUUGUUCCGAUACCUUCCAAUCUCUUUCGUUUCGAGUUUCGUUUCUGUCUCCCUUUCGAUGCUAUGUUUUACGAUAAUCCAAAGAUAACAUAUGAAAAUCCACCCCCACCCAGUGAUUAUGAGUCUGAAGAGGAUAUCUCUAUAUUUUUCUCCUUCCCAAGACCACAAUCUGUUACUGGAACUGGAUUUCCUAACAUAGACUAUACUCUUAUUCAUCCGAGUCUUCUUGGUAUUAAAAGUGAAGAGAAUAUAGAAAAUAUUGAAAAGGAAGUCAAUGAAAGUGGUCAAAAAGAUGCAGGCAAGGAAAACAGUGAAAAUAUAGAUGAGAAUUUGGAGCAUCGUCUUAGUAUUAAAAGAGAAGAAAAUAUAGAAAUUGAUGAAAACGAAGUUAAUGAAAUUGGUCAAGAAGAUGCAGUUAAGGAUGUCAGUGAAAAUAUAGAUGAAAAUUUGGAGCAUCGUUUUAGUAUUAAAAGAGAAGAAAAUGAAGUCAAUGAAAUUGGUCAAGAAGAUGCAGUUAAGGAUGUCAGUGAAAAUAUAGAUGAAAAUUUGGAGCAUCGUUUUAGUAUUAAAAGAGAAGAAAAUGAAGUCAAUGAAAUUGGUCAAGAAGAUGCAGUUAAGGAUGUCAGUGAAAAUAUAGAUGAGAAUUUGGAGCAUAUAGAAAUUGAUGAAAAUGAAGUCAAUGAAAUUGGUCAAAAAGAUGCAGUUAAGGAUGUCAGUGAAAAUAUAGAUGAGAAUUUGGAGCAACUUAAUGAAAUAUAUAAUUUAAAAUUAACCACCCCAGAUAAAGAAAAAACUAAUAGGAAGAAACAGAAAAAGAAAAAAUCCAAAGAGACAAAAAAUUCUAGAAAAGUGAAAGAUAAAUGGUCUGAUAUAUUACAGGAAGAAGAAAAUGCUUCAACUGGAAAGAAAAAGAGGAAAUGCCACAAGCGAAAGAAAUCAAAAAGAGUCAAAUCUACCUCUGACUCAGAUGAUGAAAGAAAUGUCAAUAACAUUGGCAUUGAAGUAAUUUCUGAAUCAUACCUAAAAGAAUUUGAAACUUCUGCAAAACAUUCAAAUCACAUCAAAUCAUCUAAACACUCAAAUUUCAAAUAUUCCAGACCUUGUGUAGUUUCAGAUAAUGAUCAUUCCAGUUAUUCAGAUGAACCUAUAAGAUCAGAUUCCUUUUUGAGAAAAUCUAAAGAGAGUAGAAGUGUAUAUUCAGAUGAUGAACACUCUUUAUCAGAUAGAUCCGAAACUUCCCAUAAAAAACGAUAUUUGAGAAGUCCUAAAAUCAAAGUGAAACAAGAAGUUUUCUCUGAUGAUGAUAACAGUUCUUAUUUUGAAAGAUUGUCAAGAAGGAGGUUUAGGAAUAGUGAUGAUUCCAAUGAUAGUGCCUCAUAUCACAGUAGAAGUCACAGAAAGAGAUAUUCUGAUGAUGAUGAACAUGAUAGAAUUUCUGAGUAUUAUAGCCUAAAAAGGGAAGUGAAACAAGACACUGUACUUGAAUCCGAGGAUUGCAAAGAUAGUGAAGAAUUUUCUGGAUCAUAUUAUUGUAAAAUUUGCAAACUGACUCUCAAUAGUGAAUCAACAUGGCAGAGCCAUAAACUUGGGAAAAGACAUGCAAAGGCAGAAAGGGCACAGGAAGUUCAUAAAGUGGUUAAAUCAUCUUUACUACCUUCCACAAGUACUUCUUUUCCUGAAGAAGGUAAUCGAUAUGAUAAACCUCCGCCUGGAAUGAAACGCAUUGAACUUAAGGAUGCUGUUUCAUCAAUAGAAAGGGCUUGUGAUGAUCUUCCAAAUAGACAACUAAUAGGCUUAAAACACGUAUGGGAGAUACGAGAAGAAGCAGAAACAUUUUAUUAUUGUAAUCUUUGUGAUGCCCCUUGUGCUGCAAGCUCAAUAGGGCUACAUGUGAUUGGAUUUAAACACAAAUUUCGAUGCUUGAAGGAGUAUUUUCCUGAUAUUUAUGACAGAUAUAAAUAUUCUCAUAAAAAGAGAGUUGAAGGAAUUAUGGAAGACAUUUUUUAUGAUUAUGCAGGUGAUUUCGGAAAAGAGAAAGUUCGUGUUUUUCAAGAUAUUCCUGUUAGUGACAUCAGAAGGUCCAGUACUUACCCAAGUGAUCAACCUGGUCCAAGCUGGCAGGUUGAUCCUUUUCCAGGGACAAAACAAGAAACAGUGGUGGUCAAAGAUGAAAAUGGAAAGUCCAUUGUUCCAUCUAAUCAAGAAUUUCUGGAUACAAGUUAUAGUGAUUUCUAUUGCACUGUUUGCGAUUCCCACAUGAAUAAUAUUGCCAUGUGGGAAGCUCAUGUCAGAGGAAAACGCCACUUGAAGAAUAUGAAAAAGGCUCCACAAGGAAUACCAGCCACUAGUAAAUAUGUCGAAGCUCCUAAGGGUACUAAAUCUUACCUGAGGAAAAAAAUCAAAGAAGAAUGUAAGGAUAUGAUAGUUGUUGGUUUGGACUAUAUCAGAGAAAAUCAAGGAAAAAACGGCAAUCAGUAUAACUGUUUUCUUUGUGGGGGAUGCUCUUCAGACAUAGAUAUUAUUCCUCACAUUCUUAGCUUGAAGCAUAAGGAGAAAUAUUUAGAAAAAAUGAAUAUUGAUGGAUAUAAAAAUGGUAUCAUGGAAAUAAACAGCCUUGACAUUAGAAGUUAUUUUAGGGAACGACUAAUAGAUGACUCAUGUCAGCAAACGGUGGCUGGAAAGGAAGAAAAGGGACCACAAAUCUAUUAUUUAAAAAGAGAUUUGUAGGAUUUGGUGCUCUGCAACAUCUGCUUCUUAUAAAUGACUCCAAGUUUUUUUAUAAAAAAAUAAUUAAAUGAAAUAAAAAAUUUUUUUGUAAUCCUUGUCUUGAAAAUAUAUUAUUUCAAUUAUGUUUCAUUGUGAUUUAGUGCUUUUGAUAAAUUAUGUGAAAUUUUUCUUUGUAUGAAGCAGAUGUUACAUUUUAUUUGUGCUGACUUUUUAUUUU